ACAAGGUCAUUCCUGCUACAGUGUCUGAAGCACCAGGAGCACCAGGGCAGAGUGGGGCAUAAAAGACGCUACACUAGUAAUUGAAAAUAACACGCAGUUUGAAAGGGUAAAAAUGAAGGUCCCUGUACUGGAGGAUGUAAAAGAUGAAACUGAAGAGGAAAAAAUAGGGGAAGAAGAAAAUGAAGACAAGGUGUUCUUGCAGCCUGUUAUUGAAGACCUAAGCAUGAAAUUGGCUAGAAAAUGCACCAAACUAAUUAGUGAUAUCCAUUAUAAAGAAGAGCAUAAGAAGUCGAAGGACAAGUGUACAUUUGUGCCUGACACACCUUUGCUAAAUCAUGUAAAACAUAUCAGUGCUUUUAUUUCUGAGGCAAAAUAUAAAGGCACCACUAAGGCGGACCUUUCAAACUCUCUUUAUAAACAGAUGCCAGCCACAAUCGACAGCGUCUUUGCGAGAGAAGUCACACAGCUGCAGAGUGAGGUUGCCUACAAGCAGAAACAUGAUGCUGCCAAGGGAAUUUCAGAUUAUGCCCACAUGAAGGAGCCACCUGAGAUCAGACAUGCCAUGGAGGUCAACAAACACCAGAGUAAUGUUUCUUAUAGGAAGGAUGUACAGGACACACACACGUACAAUGCGGAACUUGACAGACCAGACAUCAAGCUGGUAACUCAGCUCUCCAGGAUCGUAAGCAAUGCCGAGUAUAAGAAAGGACAAGGGAUAAUGGAUAAAGAGCCUGCUGUAAUUGGAAGACCAGAUUUUCAACAUGCUGUGGAAGCUUCUAAACUUUCUAGUCAAAUUAAAUACAAACAAAAAUUUGAUAAUGAAAUGAAGGAGAAGACGCAUCACUACAACCCUCUUGAAAGUGCCUCUUUUAGACAAAGUUGGUUCGCCACUACCCUCGCAAGUGAUGUGAAGUACAAGAAAGACAUCCAAAAUAUACAUGAUCCGGUUUCAGAUCUCCCAAAUUUGUUGUUUUUAGACCAUGCCCUGAAAGCCAGCAAAAUGCUGAGUGGACGCGAAUAUAAAAAGCUUUUUGAGGAAAACAAAGGCACGUAUCAUUUCGACGCAGACGCCGCAGAGCACCUGCACCACAGAGGCACUGCCACCCUCCAGAGCCAGGUUAAAUACAAAGAAGAGUAUGAGAAAAACAAGGGAAAGUCAAUGCUUGAAUUUGUCGAGACACCGUCUUACCAGGCUUCAAAGGAGGCUCAGAAGAUGCAAAGUGAGAAAGUUUACAGAGAAGAUUUUGAGAAGGAGAUUAAAGGAAGGUCUUCGCUGGAUUUAGACAAGACUCCAGAAUUCUUACAUGCAAAGUACAUCACCAACCUUCUGAGGGAGAAGGAAUAUAAAAAAGAUUUGGAAAAUGAGAUAAAAGGGAAAGGAAUGGACCUGAGUUCAGAAGUUCUUGACAUUCAGAGAGCAAAACGAGCAUCUGAAAUAGCCAGUGAGAAAGAAUACAAGAAAGACCUGGAGUCAAAAAUUAAAGGGAAAGGAAUGCAGAUUGGCACUGACACCCUGGAAAUCCAGCGUGCCAAGAGAGCUGUUGAAAUCGCAAGCGAGAAAGAAUAUAAAAGAGAUCUGGAGACUGAAAUCAAAGGGAGAGGAAUGCAGGUCAGUGCUGACACUCUUGACGUCCAGAGGGCGAAGAGAGCAUCUGAGAUGGUCAGUGAGAAACAUUAUAAGAAGGACUUAGAAAAUGAAAUUAAGGGGAAAGGCAUGCAGGUGAGCAUGGAUAUCCCAGAUAUACUGCGAGCCAAGAGGGCCUCUGAAAUCUAUAGCCAGGUGUUUUAUAAAAAAGAGAUAGGAGCUGGCACAGCAGUAACAGACACUCCAGAGAUUGAACGAGUGAAGAAAAACCAGCAAAAUAUUAGCUCAGUGAAAUACAAAGAAGAGAUUAAGCAGGCAACAGCAAUUUCUGAUCCUCCGGAACUGAAGAGAGUUAAAGAAAACCAGAAGAACAUCAGCAAUCUUCAGUAUAAAGAGCAAAGCUACAAAGCCACUCCGGUAAGCAUGACCCCGGAGAUGGAGAGGGUGAAGAAGAACCAGGAGCAGCUGAGCGCGGUGAAAUACAAAGAAGAGAUCAAACAGGCAACUGCAAUUUCUGACCCCCCAGAGCUGAAGAGAGUGAAGGAAAACCAGAAGAAUAUCAGCAAUGUUUAUUAUAAAGGUCAGUUGGGCAGAGCUACUGCAUUAAGUGUAACUCCCGAAAUGGAAAGAGUAAAGAAGAAUCAAGAAAACAUCAGCUCGGCAACUAUAAAAUACACCCAGGAGCAUAAAAAAAUGAAAGGUAGACCAAGUUUGAUUUUAGAUACUCCUGGUCUGAGACAUGUGAAAGAAGCUCAAAACCAUGUUUCCAUGGUGAAAUAUCAUGAAGACUUUGAGAAGACAAGAGGAAGAGGCUUCACUCCCGUGGUGGAUGACCCCGUGACGGAGCGGGUCAGGAAGAACACACAGGUGGUCAGCGACGCUGCCUACAAAGGUGUCCACCCCCACGUGGUGGAGAUGGACAGGAGACCCGGGAUCAUUGUGGACCUCAAAGUUUGGCGCACAGAUCCUGGCUCCAUCUUCGACCUUGAUCCCCUGGAGGACAAUAUCCAGUCUAGGAGUCUACACAUGCUGUCUGAAAAGGCAAGUCACUAUAGGAGACAGCGGUCUCGCCCUCAUUCCAGCAGUGCUUUUGGUGCAGGUCUGGGUGAUGACAAGUCAGAAAUCUCGGAGAUAUACCCGAGCUUUUCAUGCAGCAGUGAGGUCACAAGGCCAUCUGACGACGGAGCACCUGUUCUUCCUGGAGCUUACCAGCAAAGCCAUUCCCAGGGCUACGGGUUCAUGCACCAGGCCAGUGUGUCGUCCAUGAGGUCCAUGCAGCAUCCUCCAAAUCUAAGAACCUACCGGGCCAUGUAUGACUACAGUGCCCAGGAUGAAGAUGAGGUCUCCUUCCGAGACGGCGACUACAUCGUCAACGUGCAGCCAAUCGAUGACGGCUGGAUGUACGGCACUGUGCAGAGGACAGGCAGAACAGGGAUGCUCCCGGCCAAUUACAUUGAGUUUGUUAAUUAAGUCUUUCUCCUUGUCCUUUCUGCUUUACUCUCAUGUAUUCUAAAUCUUUUUAAAAGAUAGACAAUACUUUUAAGGAAAUUUGGCAGUUAUUUUACAAUCAUGUAUCCUUACUUUGACGAGUAGACGCGCAGGUACCAGGAAGAAUGACUUCUGGGAUGAAAGCAGCAGCGUUUUCACUAAUUCUUGUACACAAAAUUGUUAAUGUCUGGAGACCUGGUGCUGCUAACUGUGUUCGUGAUUUUUUUUUUUUUUUGAUUGGCUACUGAACCCUUCUGGGAAAAUGUAUUUUUGUAGACUUUAAUAGAGGUGUUGAUUGUCCCUUCAAUGUAAUGAAUAAUAUACAAUUUCUUAGCUGUCACUUUGGAAUCACCACCAAGAAGCCAAUUCACUUAACUCAGUAAUGCAGCCAAUAACUUAAACACUGAUGAGCUUUUGAGUCGUUAGGCGAUUUCUAGCUCAAGCAAAAGUUGCCUAAGACAAUCAAUGGAAGCGUUGGGGAAAAGACAGUUUGGUUAUAAUUAUGUGGACUAGUGGCCUUAGGGACCUAGAGAUGUCCACGUUUUCUAGACUGAGAUCUGUUUGUUCUCAU